UACCUGCGUCGAGCGGCCCGUGCUCGGUGUCGCCCCCCCAAGGUGCUGCUGGGGAUUGUCGUCUGUCUGUGUUUCGUUCUCCAGCUGCACACCGACAUGGACAGAGGGGACGGGCGCACCAAGUACAUGCUGGAGGGGGAGGGAGUCGGCUCUGUGUUUGUCAUCGACGGCAACACGGGCAACAUCCACGUCACCAAGGCCCUGGACCGCGAGGAGAAGGAUGAGUACCGGCUCACGGCGACAGCCACUGACAGGGAGACGGGCCGGGCCCUGGAGCCCUCCUCCGAGUUCAUCAUCCGGGUGCAGGACAUCAACGACAACCCGCCCAUCUUCCCCGACGAGCCCUACGUCGCCGUGGUGCCGGAGAUGGCCAACAUAGGCACUUCCAUAACCCGGGUCACGGCCACAGACGCCGACGACCCGACGUACGGAAACAGCGCCCGGCUGGUCUACGGGAUUUUACAGGGCCAGGACUUGUUCUCUGUGGAUCCUCAGACAGGCAUCCUACGGACCGCCGUACCUGAUAUGGACAGGGAGACGCAGGACGAAUAUCUGGUGGUCCUCCAGGCCAAAGACAUGGGCGGACAUCUGGGUGGGCUGACGGGGACCACGACCGUCACUGUGAAGCUGAGCGACGUCAACGACAACCCGCCCCACUUCAGACGCAGUGCGUGGUCGUUCUCUGUGUCGGAGCUGGCUGCACCUGGUGUGGAGGUGGGCCGUCUCACUGCCACCGACCCUGACCUGGGAGAAAAUGCACAGCUGGAGUUUACCAUCCUGGACGCGGAGGGUGCGGACAUUUUCAACGUCACCAGCAGAGCCAGGGAGGCCGUCAUCGUGCUGAACAAGCUUCUGGAUUACGAAAUGUGCAAUUCGUAUACGUUUUCCGUGGAAGUGGCGAACCCGGUCGUUGACCCCCGGUUCAUACGGAAAGGGCCCUUCAAGGACCAGGCGACGGUCCGGGUGAUGAUCCUCAACGCCGACGAGCCGCCGCGGUUCUCCCAGGCCGUCUACCACCUGGACGUGUCCGAGAACUGCCCCCCCGUCUGCGCCGUCGGCCGCGUCCACGCCGUAGACCCGGACACGGGACAGAGCAGCAACAUCAGGUACUCCAUCGAUCCGCAGUCGGACCCCGAGGCUUUGUUCCGCAUCGCCUCCGACAAGGGCUUCAUCAGCGCCGUGGUAGAGUUGGACCGUGAGCAGGAGCAGUGGCAUAACAUCUCAGUCAUCGCCACACAGAGGGACAACCCAAAUCUUGUGUCGAGGGCUGUGGUUGCCAUAGAGACACUGGACCAGAAUGACAAUGCGCCAGAGUUGGACAGGCAGUACGCGACAUCAGUAUGUGACUCCAGCGCCCCGGGUCAGGUGGUCCAGGUCCUGCGAGCGGUCGACAGGGAUCAGGGAGGACAGGACUCUCCGGUCCACUUCAGCAUCCCUUCUGAGUCCAGCUCCGCUCUCAACCUCUCUAUCAGAGAAUCUGGAGGUGUGACAGCCAGCCUGGUGCUGCAGUCGGCCUUGGAGCCGCUCCCUGGCUUCUCAUCCUCUCCACUCGCCCUCGACGUGCCUGUGGUGCUGCGUGACGGGGCCUCGGGGCUGACCAACACUGGCACCGUCACCGUCACCAUUUGCCCGUGUCUGCAAGGCGGCAUGCAGACGGAGAACCGGGGCAGGCAGCGGGACCCGCGGUGGGAGAGGCACGUGGUCUGCCUGCCCGCGCCGUCCGCCUCGCCGUCGCUCAUCUUCAGCUUGGUCACGCUGCUCGCCAUGCUGGCCUGUGUCACCACCCUGCUGGUGGUGUGUGCUCUCUCGCUGUCAUUGCGCCAUCAGAAGCGAGACUCCCACUCACCCUUUGAGGAGGAUGAUGUCAGGGAAAACAUCAUAUCCUACGACGACGAGGGGGGAGGGGAAGCGGACACGGCCGCCUUUGACAUCGCGGCGCUGCAGAGCAUGCACAGGAUCCAGCACAUGCACAACAGCGGGAACAUAUGGUACACCCAGCAGAAUCCGCCCAGAGCCAGGACGUACAGCUGGAGCCGUCACCCACGCCCGGUUCUGGGCCCCCAGCAGCGGCCGGGCUCGGCCCCGCUCUACGGGCGCCUCUGCUACGGCGUCCACACGCUGCCCGUUCUCAGAGACUACCCGCUCGGGCCGCUGGAGGCGGGCCUCCAGCUAGGCAGCGUGACCCAGGGCCUCGCGGCGGGUCACGGCGCCAAUCGUCUCCUCGUCCCCGGCCGGAGCACCUUUGAGCCUCUGCUGCGCUCGCCCGAGACAAGCCGCCGCGGCUUCGAAGCGGAGCAUAUGCUGGCAAAGAGCGCGGGCGCAGACGGGAACCAGAGCAGUGGGGCGAACGUGGCUGGCGCCAAAGGGAAGGAGGAGCAGGCCAAGACAAACCCGACAGGCCCAGAGUCGACAGCAGCCAACGUCCCAGCAGAGCUGACCUACGAGUCGUCGUGCCAGAGUCGCGCCAGCUUCUCGUCGAACCAGCAGGAUGGCCGGCCGGGGUCGUCCCAGACCCAGGUCAGCACCGGCGCCACCAGCACCACGGCGGACGACAUCGACACCGACUCCUCCAUCCCCUCCAUGUCGGAGCAGAACUACUCCACCAGCAGCCAGAUGAGCAGCGUGAACUCCCCCGCCUACGUCAAGGCAGACACAUACAGCAUAGUGGGCUCGCUGAACCCGGGCGGGAUGGGGGUGUGCAUCAACGGGACCGGCGCCGGCAGCGGGUUGCAGCUGCUCAACAUGGCAACGCUGAAGGCCAGAGACGCGCCCCCGCAGACUUUAACCGCACCGGCGGGGUCGCUCGGCAACGGCAAAGCCCCGGCGUCCGAAGCCCCGAACCCUCAGCCGCUCCGGAUGGAAGAACUCCUCAACAUCCGUUUGGACCGUGUCACCUCGGACCUGUCGCAGCCGCCCUACGACUCACUGCAGACUUACGAGUUCGAGGGCCGCGACUCCAGGGCCGAGUCGCUGAGCUCGCUGGAGAGCGACGGCGACAAGGAGGGCGAGCGAGCAGCGGGGGGAGGUAUGGACGAGCUCAACCAGAAGUUCCAGAGGCUGGUGGAGAUCAUCCGCGAGAGGCAGAAGGAGAAGAAGAAGACGACGACGACGCAGAGCGGUGAGGCGGCGGAGACUGCAGAGACUCAGAGACAGAGUGAGAACACAGAUAAACAGCAGCAGAGAUGGGAUUUCUAGAUCCUCUGUACCAGACGAGCGUGAGAAGAGGAAAAUCUUUGAUAACGACGGAGCUUAAACACACACACACACGAAAAAAAAAAAUUCCUCCGACACAAAUGAGCUUUCAUUUUCUCCCUGACGUCAAGAAUCAAGGCAACCUGGUGGCAAAGAUCUGUGAUCAGUGUGUCGCUUUCUCCUUCACCGGGUUUAGAAACACGAACCCAGCACUUUUCACUCUAAUCAUUAAUAAUGCAGACAGGGCUUUAAAAGUUAAAGAUAUAAAUUAUGUUUAUAUAUAUAUAUAUAUAUAUAUAUAUAUAUAUAUACUUCAGUGGAUAUUUCAGUCAGUAUGUGAUGUUUUUGGCUCUUCAGGGAUCCACUAGGAUGUAAACUGGAGAAGCCACAUGAGUAAAAUGAUCAAAAAUAUUCAUAUCACUUAAAUCUUCCUAACUUACAACAGGGCUGGAUAAUAAAUCCAUAGCAAUAUCACGGUAGACACCUGAUCAAUAUCAAUAGAUAAUACAUCUGAUAUUUUAUACAUUCAAUAUAUAGGAUAUUCACUGAAGCCCAAUCAAAAACCACAGAGGAAAGGCUUUAGCCAGCCAACCUCUCACAGCAAGCGAAGGCUGGUGGAAUCAACUGACUCACUCCCUCUUUGGUUACCUAGCAACAAGAUAUUUGAAAGAAAAAACUUAGUCAAUAAUUAUCAAUGUUGACAAUUAUCGAUAUCGGCUGAUGUGAAAGGCUUAUAUUGUGAUACGUCUUUCAGCCGUAUCGUCCAGCCCGUUCUUACGGCAACUAACUUUGGUGUGUUUUAUUGAGAUUUUGCGUGAUAGCUAGACUCAAAGCAGUGCAGAAUUGUGAAGUGGAAGGAAACCAAAACAACAAAUAAAAUGGCUACCGAUGGGGGUGAUGUGAUCUGGUAAGACCAUCCACUUUGGCUUAAAAUGCUUAUGUAGUAGGAAAGAGACACUGCAAAUCACCCUGAACGCACCGACAGUCAGGGUCAGAGUUCAUAGACAGAUACAGAAGCUGCAAAAUAGUUGAGAUUGGAGGUUAUAGAGGUUCACCUUCCCUAAAUAUGCAGCUAUAGGCACAGUGGAAUAGUUUAGGUUGAAGCAUGCUCUUUUGCCAUAAUGGCUCAGUCAAAGUCUAAACCUUAAUCCAAGAAUCUGUGACAAGAAAAUUGCUGUGUAAAGACCCAGUAUUUCAGCGGUUUUGAAAAGAACAGGAGAAAACAUCUCUAGCUGUGCAAAGCUGGUAGAUUUAUGACACUAAACUGUAUUAUUUGCAAAGAAAUGUGAAAAAUAAGUUAUAGUUUCCUUUCUCUUUACAAGUAUGUGCUGAAAAAGAAUCACACUGAAGUUUGUGGUUGUAAGGUGUCAAAAUGUAGAAAAGUUUAAGGGAUGGAUACUUUUGUAAAUCACUGCAAAUCCUCUCCAGCUGAGUCAGACAUCAUACAUUAACUAUGUUAAAAAAUAAUAAUUUUCCAAACAAACCUGUUCACUUUGAACGUCAACAAUCAGUAGACCGAGUCUAUCAGUGAUGCUUUUGUUCUUGCUAGAGAAAAAAAAAAAGGUAAUUAGCAUUCAUAUAUAGAUAAACAUGAAGCUCAGCUGUGGUUGUUCUUGACCAGAAAGGGUUUUUUACUGGACACAAGAAGCAGUAACGAAGCGCUCGAUUAGUAGCUAGCGAAACAUCGAGAACCUGCACUGAAUGAUGUUCACCCACACAAGAAUUAUUUAUAUUCCUCCCUAUUGUGUGUCUGGAAGCUUCCUCACCUUCUUGUAAAGAGAUUUAUGCAACACGGAACAGAGACAUUGUUCUUGUGACGGCCCCAAGACGCAGAAAGAAGAAAAAAUCUUCAUUUGCUCAGAGAAUACUUAGAUGUUAUUCACGCCUUUGACAGCGAGUCAUUUUUAAAGCAAUUUUAAAAAUGCAUUCAUUAUUUAGAAAUGUGCUGGAAUAAGUUAUUAAAAAUAAUGACAUUAUUUUUCAAUAAUAUGAUAAAAAAUGAAUUUGGCUCCCCGCAAUUGUUCCCACUCUUCAUCCACUGUGGGAAUUCAGCUCUUAAUCAUCUGUCGGUCUAAUAGGAUUGGAAAGCUUUCAGACUCAUUUUGAAGGCACUUUUUUCAUGUUUUUGCAUCCUUACGUUGUUUUUUGUUUGUUUUUUUGUUUGUUUUUUUUAAGGAGAAUGCAGAGACAAGGAUGAGGGCCAAAUGAUGACACAGUGAUCGCUAUGCAGCUCAUUGUCAGACUGCGUGGGCAUCUAGACAUAAUGCUGCGGAUUGAGGAUGGAAAUAUGGCUGGAAAUGACUAGCCGAGCUCACGACGGAAACCCAUUUAAUAUCAAACUGGACUGCUGUUGAUCUUAACCAUUCACAUAAAUCACCUCAGCAAUCAUCAGUAGAGAAUGAAGUGCCACAAAAUAGAACCACGGAAUUUCAAAUGUAUUUUAGAAAAACGUGUUAUGUUUAAAAGGGAGAAAAGUCCUGGUUAUCAAAGCAAGUCUUUGUCGGUUAAGUCGACAUAGGUCGAGAGGACAAUGCUGCCACCUACAGGUCAACAUACAGAAUACCUCGUUGUGUUAAAACUGUUAAUCCUUCAGGCUGAAGGGACGCCAUGAUGGAUUUAACCUAAAUAUUCCUGGCAUACGCUGGAGAACCUGAGGAACAGGGCUAAAAUAUGGAGGUAGGAAGGCCUGAGGGCUCACAGUUUUUUUCUCAUUG